AUGCGCAGUAAUGAUAGUGUCGUCAGUAAUCAAUUAUUGCGCAGGAAGGAUAACGUUAUCAGCAAUCAAACAUUGCACAGGAAUGCUAGCGUUGCCGCCAAUCUAACGGUACAGAACAUUGAAAUCAACAAUCAAACCACAUUAUGGAAAGAAUUGGGCUGUCAGAGCACGACCCCCCUCUUCCUUUGUCAGAUAACAAAAGGCGCGAGUUCAACGUUGUCUCUUCCCGACAAAAGUGUCUUCUCCAGGUACAGGUUUCUCAACGCGAAAUCGAGGUCGUCCUGUGCUCUAGUCGGUUCAUCGGGAAAGCUGCUGAAGCAGAGAUACGGUGAUGAGAUCGACGCACACGACGUCGUCAUACGAAUAAACGACGCUCCGAUUUAUCCCUACCAGAAAUAUGUUGGCAAACGCGUGCCCGACGUCUCAAUCAUCAAUCGAUCAAUCGGGAAAGCGGGAAAGUGUCUACAAAAUAUAAGAAAAGAAACAAUGAUUGUACAAUAUUACCAUCAAAGAGGAAUUAGCCAAAUUGACAGAUUGUGCUCGAAACAUGGACCGGUUUUUGCCAUUUCUCAGCAUAUCAUUACCUCUACGUUUAACCUCAUGUCAAACUUUAGGAAAUUUUAUCACAUCAAAUCGGCGCGUUAUUCGACAUCCGGUAUGUAUGCCGUCGUCUUUUCUCUACAUUUAUGUAGUGAGCUCGAUAUCUACGGAUUCGGUUUCGCGUCCGGAGAGUUGUAUUCUUACUAUCGAGACAUGUACAAAUUCCGGCACGUUCACGAUUAUAACUUGGAGACGAGAGUCCUCGAAUCGUUGUCACACAAUUUGACAUCGCCUGUUGAUGUGUUAUGGAUGGGAUGCAAGAAAUUGUCUCUUCAUGCCUGA